AGAGAAGGAGAGGAGGACGAGGAAGAGGAGAGGGGUGUUGCAGCCAUGUCAGACACACCUUUGCAGAGGAACGGCACAGCAACAGCACCGCCAUGAAGGAUACACCCACUGGAUCCUUAGUGGCCGUACCUACCCCAAGAUGCAUUGAGCACAGGUGAUGAUUGGAUUGUUUCUCUAAAAGAGAACUAAGACAUCUGUACACGUUGAAAUAGCCACACCCAUGAAGCAAGCAGAGAAAGUGCAGUGAAGCAAGAAGCAGACAUUCUUGGCUGGAUGUCGUGUGAGGAGGCUCAGCUCCACAAAGAGAGGCUGCAGGCCUUGGCGGAGAAGCGGAAACGACAAACUGAGAUUGAAGACAAAAGAAACCAGCUCGAUGACCUGGUACUACAACUGCAGCAUCUCAAGUCCAAAGCCAUGCGGGAGAGGUGGCUCCUCCAGGGAAUGGGAGCAGAGGAAGGAGAGGCACGGCGGAAACAGCUGGAGCAGGAUGAAGAACAAGGGAAAAGGCUGGAAGACCUGAUACACAGGUUGGAGUCUGAAAUUGGUGCUCUUGAGAGUGAAGAGUCCCAGAUAUCAGCCAAAGAGCAGGUUUUACGGGAACGUCUGAAAGAGACGGAGCGCUCAAUAGAAGACCUGCAGAAGAGUCUGAUGACCCAGGAUGGAGAUGCCACCGGCUGCAUGUCCGCCCCGCUCUCGGACUGCACCGAUCCCGAUCCUGACCACCUCAUCCUGGCCACGCAGCCCCGGACCAGCCCACUUGCCUCUGGAGAGAACGCCAUAUCAAGACCUGCAAUGUUUGCCAUGGAGAUCAACGUACAGCACGAUCCGCAGACCGGCGAGCAGCGCAUCCUGUCAGCCAACCGUGUGAACCCGCUUGACGCGGCAUCACGUGGCGUCAAAGUCUACGAUGAUGGCAGAAAAGUGGUCUAUGAGGUUACUUCCUCUGGGGGUGUGUCCACCACAGCUGUGGAGAAUGGCUGGAGUUCGGCGCAGGUUGACCAGCUGGUUCAGCGAGCUGCCAGACCCGUCGUGCAGGGAGGUGAUGUCAGCAGGGAUCAGGUGACCAUGACCCCAGCUGCCCCGCAAGCCUACAUUUCCCCAGCAGAUGUGGACGAUCUGUCUCCACCUUCCUGCGCCCCACCAUCCAUCCCUUCAAGCCCACCAGCCCAGGUCACCCUCCAGAGGGAGACCCGUCUUGGCAUGAUACCCCCCUCUGCUCCUAUCACAACCCAGCCCGGCUCCUCGGCCCACCCAGCUGACGAGCUCACCUCCCCGCCCCAAGCCAGCGCAGAGCACCCAGUUACCAUGGUGUUCCUUGGCUACCAGGACGUAGAGGACAUGAGCGAGAGCAGGCGGCUGCUUGGCUUUGACGGUGCCGUGAAGGCUGAGGUGGUCCUCAUCGACGAAGAUGAUGAGAAAUCGCUGAGGGAGAAGACGGUCACUGAUCUUUCCAUGAUUGAUGGCACAGCAGCCGAUCUCGUGUCGGGGCGGCCAGCCACGUCUGAGGCCGCUAGCACAGAACUGUCAUCUGAUGGCCGUGAGCCUGACAGCGCCUCCUCACCCCCCGCGAAUCCUGAAGCCAACACGGCUCCGCCGCCCGGCCUCACCCCUACCACAGGACAUACACCAGGGGUUACCGUGACUACAGCGAAUGGUCAUCAAGCUCCCAUUGUGACCAGACAUCUUCACACUGCCAUGAAAUCGUGGCAGGCAGCCGAGGAUGUCAGUGAAGCAAUACCAAGAGAGCGCACCCUGAAGAGCGUCAGUUUCCAGGAAUCGGUCUGCGUUAUCACUGAUAGGCCUGCAACCAUGGAACUGGAGAGCCAGCAGAUUCAACAUGGCUGCCUCAGCAGCCCCAGUAGCCGAGGUCACAAUGCAGCUGGUGUGAAAAUAGACACUCCUGACAGCGAGGUGGUGCAGGAGAUCUGUUACUUGGACCAGGUUUUAGACGCUGCUUCAGAAACACCCACCAAUGGAACCUCUUCUCCGUCAGAACACACCAGACCAAUCAGCAUAGACGGAAACUCUCCUUCUGUGUGUGUGUCCACCUCCUCUCCUGUCAAUCACCACUCAAUUGUUGUGGAGGGGCAGCGACAAACCACAUUCCUCUACCAGGAGGACUCUCCAGUGAGGACCAACGGACAUGUGCAGGGAGAAGAGUCAGGUCGCAGCGCACCGAAGUUUGAGCUGAGAGCAUUUCAGGAGGAGAGACGACCAGCGAAACUCUUCUCCCCUGGAGAAGAGCAGCAGGUCAGGGUGACAAGGAGACGACCCACAGAGGAGGUUCAAGAGUUGGAGCGUGAACGUCAGGAGCUGAUCAAAGAACAGGCAGUGAAGAAAAACCCUGGGAUUGCCCAGCGCUGGUGGAACCCUCCUCAGGAGGUUCCUUUGGAAGAACAGCUUGACGCAGAGCAGCUUGAAUCUCUCAAGAAAUACCAGGAGAGGAAACAACAGAGACAGAAUCAUGCUUAUGCAUACACACAGCCACAGGUAUCAGGUCCUCCCACAAUGGUAGCCUUUGACCCAGAGCUAAACAGGAAGGUGGAUGUAGUGGAGGAGCAGAUCGACUUCUCGUCUGCCCGAAAGCAGUUUCUGCAGGGGGAGACAACAAAGAGAGAUGUAGCUCUCCAGAUGUACUCUGCCAAACCUUUUUCAAAAUCCAUAAGUAGGGGCAACCAGGGGAGCUGUGACAUUGUUGCAGAAACUGGAGAUAGUCACGUGACCUGGUCUGAUGAAGGUCUUGCAGGAGAAUUUACUUGUGCACGAGCUGUAAUGACAAUCCUCCGUGAGGAGGAAGAAGGGAAGAGCCACUUCCAUCCAUCUUUUCACCCAGAGGAGUCCGACUCGGGAUUAGACGAGUUGUCUGUCCGUUCUCAGGACACUACUGUUUUUAGCUUGGAUAAUGUUUCUGACAGUGGGGCUUCGCUACCACCUACCCCGCUCCCACUUACCCCGGUGUCACCGCCUACCCCCCAGCCCACCACACCAGUCAAUGGGCAAACCAGUUGCAGUCCAACAGAAGAUGAGCUAGAGUACCAAGCAGGGGUACUUGUUGAAAAUGCCAUCCAAAAUGCCCUGGCAGCUCAGAAUGGAGAUGAUUGGCAGCCAUCUGACUUGAAUUCUUCACAGCUGAGCAAUGCUAUGUCUCCAUCCUCAGCUUCUACAAAUAGCCCAGUGCCAGUUUCUUCCUCUCCCGUGUCUUCAGGUGGAGCUCCCAGUCUCCAGUCCCCUGUGUCCUCCAGUCCUGCUCCACCCAACUUGUCUCCUCAGCCAGACAGACAGCCAGAGGUCAGAGUGGUUUUCCAAGAGAAGACUUCAGAGUUGCAGCAGCAGCAGCAACCUUCUGGUCCAGCAGAACAACCACACCUCCAGACGCCUUCUCCGCCCUCUUCUCAGCCCAUCUCACCACCACAGAGACCCAAAAACGGAGGCCCCAGGAUCAAAAUCCAAUCUUCUUAUGCUAGAGCGCUCGCCUCCUCGGAUCCUGCUCCAGCUCCUGUCGCAUCAGCUCCAGUUCAAAGACCAACCCCGGUCUACCGUCCUCCUUCUCCUCCAAGCCCGGAGAAGCCAGAGUUCAGUUACUUCAGCAAAUACUCAGAGGCAGCGGAGUUGCGUAGCACUGCAGCGACAGCACGAGCCACUGAGGGUGAGCCAGCCAGUGGCCCGUUCCGCCUGCGCUCCAAGAAGCAGCGAACUUUGUCGAUGAUUGAGGAGGAGAUCCGAGCAGCUCAGCAGCGAGAGGAGGAGCUGAAGAAACAGAGAGAGACGCAGCCCGCUGUUGUUGUUCGCCCCAGCAACGCUUCCAGCAACAGUCAAGGUCACGUGAGGACGGGGAUGCGGCAAACCACCAUAUCGCCAGCAGAUAAGAUGAAGAGCAACAGCCUGCCAGCUAGGCUCACUCUGACAGCGAGGACAGCACCAGGAAAGAUCGAGAAAGUUCGACCUGCACCACCUGUCUCACCCUCACCCUCAGAAGGAGCCCUGUCUGACGCUGGCAGUGAGGACUCUGGAGGAUCACGACCCAAAAACUUCAUGCAGACACUUAUGGAAGACUAUGAAACACACAAGGUGAAGAGGAGGGAGAAACUGGAGGACAACAGUUAUGCCCGUUUGUUGCUGGCUAACGAGGUAACCACCGAGGUUCUGGAGGCCACUCGUGUCACCAGGAGGAAAAGCGACAUGGCGCGAAAGUGGGAAGCCGGUAUUUACGCCAACGAGGAAGGAGAGGAAGAAGAGGAGGAAGAGGAGGAAGAAGAGGAAGAGUAAACAACUCUUUUCAGAGACAGUGAAGGGAUGGAGUGCAAAGGAGGUGGAAGUGGCUGAAGGAAAAAAUGCAACUGGGAGAAGGAGGAGGAAGCGAAGGAUAAAGGGGAGGGGAAGGAAACAGUAUUUAUUUUACUAAUAGUAUUCUGAUGGUCACAUGUACAACUGGUUUGACCAGUGGGGCUCAUCGAAAAGAUGCAUCAUGUGGUGGUGUUUGGACCUUUGGACUGAAGGCACAGCAGUAUGUUGAGUGACUGAGUAUGUGAGCGACAUUUGAAGUAUUGAGAUGAACUUGAUGAAGUGAUGCAAGAGACACUUUGAAAGGGUUUUCUGGUGGUUUAACAGAGCUGUUCAGAAGUGUACUUAGGAUUGAAGGUUUUUACUAGUUGGUAGAUGCUGAAUGACUUAAAUGACUUAAAUAUUCAUAGGAUCUUUCCUUUACCUGUAAUUUGUUUUAUUGAAAUAUGAGCCUGAGAUCAAUGGAAUUUAUAUUGACUGGUUGCUUAGAAUUAUUGAUGAUGCUUUUGGCAAUGGAUGAUUGAUAAUGAUCCCAAUUAUCUUGAAAAUGUGUUGGAAGGUUUUCAUUACCAACAGGAAAAAAAGAUGAAGACAAGCACGUGUGUGUAGAGUGACUACAAAGAAACUUCUGAUUGAGAGAAGGAGGGAAGGAGGGAAAAAAACAGGGACUAACACACACUCAGACAUCAUUUUUGUCAGGUUUUUUUUUCAACGUGAAUUUGAUGAUGAUGCUGCAGGAAAAUGUCUGAACUAAAUGAGACCUGAAGCAUCACACUCAGAACCCCUAAAGUUUUGUCCUCAGCAUCCCGCAGUGCCACAGUACACCACAGUACAGAUAUAACACAAGUAUGACAUGUUGGUGGGAGCGUUCACAGUUCCUUCCAUCAUCUGUUUUCAAUCUUAAGUGCUGACUCCAGAGGUUCUGCGUCCUCGAACUUUUGAAUGCUCUUCUAAUCAAGCAUCCAGGGUUCAGCCUUGCCUUAGAGUCAGUAACUGUUGGGAUGCAUGAUAUGUAUGAUGUAUUUUAUUUUCUCCUAUUCUAUAUUACUACAGUUUCAGUAAAUCUUAAAAACAAUACGUAACACAAUCAAUUGAAAGUCAGUCUAUAAAACAAUAUUCUGCAGUUAUUUCAUGUCUGUUAAGUGUGAUGAGUUCAAGCAGGAGGUGACAGACGGGGAAGACGGAAGCUAAUGCAGGUCAUGUUUGCGUCACUUCAGUCAGUUUGUGUAUUAAUUAAAGGACAGUGUUGGGGAUUUUAUAUUCAAAAAAAUCAUUUAUUUUACCGGCUACAUCGCUUUGUUGACUUGUGCUUUCUGAUGUAAGCAGUCGUUUCAUGUAUUAUAAUGAGGUAGGACUGUGUAUUUGAUAUAUGAACAUGUAUGUUGAGAUUCCAGUGGGGCAAAUGCCGUGUAUCUACUAUGCCUUGCUAGCUGAGGAUAAAGUUUGAUGAAAAAUAUUGAAAAAGCUUUUUAUAAAAUAGUUGUUAUACCAAAACACAAUGCUGGUAUGUAGUCAGCCUAUGCUCUUAAGUCUAUUUAAAAAGUACUGAUUUAUGUUCAUGACAUUAGACUCCUUUUCUAGCCUGAAACAAGCACACAGCAAGCAGGGAAAAGAAGGCAAUUGACUAUCAUUAGGAAGGCUAAUUAAAAGGAUGCAACAACAGGCUGAAUUUCUGUUCAGAACAAGAUUCAGUCAGCUUUUUUUUUUUUCUUUUUUUUUUAACCAAAUGUGUUGUGAGCUUUGACGUUACAAGACGAUGUGAUUUUCUGUUUUGUUAAAUGAACGAAAAAUGGCCGCAAUACAGGCCUCCAGCUGUGUGGUGGUGAUAUCUGUGGAUUGUCCAGGUGCAAAAACAGCUUUCAAAGAUAAAACAGUAACCACAAUCAAAAACAAUCAUAAAGAACUCCCUGGAGCCUACAGGACUGUCUUUAUGUGAGAACUUAAAGUAGAAAUGUGCUAGCCGGUCUGCAGAAAUGGUAUUUGUGAACUAAAAAGCAGCAGAAUGAUUCUACCUUUCAGGUUUCAUUAGCUUGUUUUAGAGCCUUUGAGAUUUUUUUUUUUUUUUUUUUUUUGUCAGGAGAGUGGUGAGAAAGAUUUUCCUGCCCACCACAGCUCACAUUUUGAUCACCACAUCUGCUAGCGUGGCCUAUUUAAGUGUCCUUCAGCGAGGCACUGACCUUUAAUGCCUGACCUAUAAAUGUACACUGAGGCAAACUUGCAAAAAACACAAUGAAUCGAUGCAUACUAAUGACACUAAUAACCUUAUUAUAUUUAUUGGGCCCGUCCCAUCCUGAGUGUGUUGCAAGUUUCUCCUAGCAGUCGCAGUAAUUUUCUCUCACAAUAUGCUCUCUGAGGGAAGCAUGGUUUCACUAACUCCCCCAACCAGAAGCAAAAACCACAGGCUCGUGUCUGUAUAAUGUUCCUCUGAAACAAAAAACCCACAGUGGUUCCAGAGUAUCCUCCUUUUACUUGCUUUAAUGCCCAUGCAAUAACAUAAAAAUGAAAAAAAAGGUAUUUAAAGGACUAGCGUCCCCUUUUCAUUAGGUUUUUUGGGUCACAUGGGUUAAUGAACAAAUAAUAAAGGUGAAUCUGUUUGUUUUCCAGACAUCAGGAACAUUACUAGAGCUGUCACACAGUAUUAAAAGCACUUGCUUUACUGGUAUGUUGAUGCAUUUCCACAUGAGAGAUAUUUUAGAGAAAACAGUGCUCUUAAUCAGACGCUUUUUUCAGGAUCCUUUGUUAUGGACGAUAGCUUCUCAGUGGCCCAUUCUGAAUGGCAGCGGAGCGUCUACUGUGUCUAAGCUUUAUUCGAGUUUUAAGCAACAUCAUGCAAAUCGCUGCUUCACAACUGUACUGUAGCUGCAGCGGCACAUUGUUAUUAUACGCACACACACUCACACAUCCCAAAAUCAGUUCAAGCUCUCAUUAAAUACACUACAGUGCAUCUGAAAUGGUAUAAGACAUCAUGCAAACACAGAGAAGAUAUAUAUUGUGUGGUUUAUUAUUAUUAUUAUUACGCUUGUGCUGUUUGAAUUAAUGGUGCAGAGAUGAUUUAUUUAUCAUUUUUAAAUGCUGGUAGAUUGUUUUAGCCUACAGAAGCCCCUGAGCUUCAGUGUGGCACUCACACUGUCAGUGUGUGAUAACUCUUAUUAUACAGUAUACCCACUGUUCCUAUGUUAACCACUUGUAACGCUCAUGCUAUGCUUUGUUAUUUUAUAGCACAUGUAAGGCUCACAGUUAUACACCUACAAUACAUAUUAUGAAUAUUUUCUCAUUAAAAACAAAAACUUGUA